AUGGGCAGGCCCCCCGGACUUGCCUUCCGGCCCUUUGGACCCCCUAAUUGGAUGAACUUGCUUGGUUUCCUUUGUUGUCAAGGAGUCGACGGUGGUUUACGAGUACAGGAUACUCUUGCUGCCGCCGUGGACUCUCUUGAACUGGAAACUGUUGUUGAAGAACCCCACAGCUUGACGGCGCCCGGCCUUGCCUAUGCCAUCCCUGGAUUGGCCUUGUUGGCAGCCUUGGCGUUGGCUGUUUGCUGGGUUUUAAAAAGAUAUCGACUCGUAUUUUAUGAUUUGGAUGAAGAUCUGGAAACCUACGACUUUAGACUGGAAGAUAAUCUACAACUGGACGACAGUGAUGACGACGUAGACCUAGAAGACAGCGACGACGACAUGGAACUGGAAGAAAGCGACGACGAGGUAGACCUAGAAGACAGUGAUGACGACGUGGAACAAGAAAACAGCGACGAUGAUAUAGAACUAGAAGACAGCGACGACGACGUAGACCUAGAAGACAGUGACGACGACAUGGAACUGGAAGAAAGCGACGACGACGUAGACCUAGAAGACAGUGACGACGACAUGGAACAAGAAAACAGCGACGAUGAUAUAGAACUAGAGGACAGCGACGAUGACGUAGACCUAGAAGACAUUAACGAUGAAAUGGAACUGGAAGAAAGCAAGGACUACCUGGACACAGAUGUGGAUGAAAUGUCUAGACUGCAAAAUCGUCUAGAACUUGAAGAUAGUGUCAAUGACCUGGAAACGGAUAAACGUCAAUUGCCUAGACUGGAAGAUCUAGAACAAGAACUGGAAAGAAUUGACCUGAAGACCGAAAGGACUGAUGUAUCUUUCCCAGAGGAAAGCUUAGAACUGGAGGAACUGACAGGUACUGGAGAUGGUCCCGAAAUUGUUGAACAACCAAACAGCUUGAUGGUGCCAGCCUUUGCCUUGGCCAUUCCUGUUUUGGCCUUGUUGGCAGGCUUGGCCUUUGCUGUGCACUGGAAUGUCAACAAUCUUGUUAACCAUCUUCAGGAACUGGAAGAACCUCAGGAAAACGAAAAGCCCGAAGAAUAUAGGCUGGAAGAGACCUUAAAACUGGAUCUAGAAAAGCAGAGACUGAAAGAAGAACUGGAAGAGAGCAAGGUUGCUGCAGAUGAAAUGGAGCGUCUUUGGAAGGAGGCAAAAGAGGAGAUUAUUCGGCUCCAGAAUCAAAUGGCAGAAAAGGACGUGUUGCUGAGAAAGAAUGCAGAUCAGGAGGCAGUUAUGAAAAGUGAAAUUGUCAAUUUGCACCAUCAAAAUGAAGGAAUCUUGGCCGAGCAUCAACACUUGAAAGAUGACCUACAACAGGCUCUAAACGAAGGAGAGAGGAUGGAAAAUUUAAAUAAUGAUCUUAAGGAGGAAUUAGAGUCUCUGGAGAAGGAAUGCAAAGAGGAGAUGGCCAACAAAGAAAGAGAACUGCAGAAGCAAAUCGACAUUCUGACUAAAUUACUCGAACGGACUGCUCUAGAGUCUAAGAAGGACCAAGAAAAACUAAUUGCUCUGGAAGGUCAAAUGGCGUCCAUUGAAGACACUGUCUCUGAACUGGAAAGCCAGAUAAUGGACAUCACAGUGGACCAAGAUGCUCUCCGAGGAAAGCUAGAGCUGAAGGAAGAGGAAAACUCGAGACUCAAAGCAGAAACUGAGAUCAUGGGAGCAAAACUACAAGCGAUGAAGAACUGCGUCUCAGAAUUAUGGGAACAGAAUGCGAGGUUGAUUGAGGAGUUAGAAGAAAAAAAAGUAGAAGUCACUUCAGUGAAGGAAGAGCUAAGAAAUGUGAAGAUGAAGACCCAAAUUUUGGUUGAAGAGGUCCAGGUCAUGAGGAAGUGGGUCGCUGAGUUAGGAGGAGAGAAUUCCAGGCUCCAGGAAGAGGUAGACGAAAACUGCCUGGAAAUAACUUCACUGAAGAAAUCAUUAAGGAAGGAGAAAAGACUUCUAGAGGAAGCUCUCCAUCAUGGGAAGGAGAUGGAGAGCUUGUUGGAAGCAGAAAAAAAGAGAGGGAAGGAGAUGGAGACUUCCCUCAGAAUCUUAAAAGAAGAGCUUGACAACAGGGGCCUCCAAAUGGAGAGAUUAUUAAAUAAGGAAAGAAGAUUAAUAUCUGAAAAAGAAGACCUAGGAGAGAAACUAGCCACCACUCUCAAUCACGGGAAGGAACUGAACAGGUUCCUAGAGGAAGCAGACGAGAAGGCCAGAAAAAUUGCUCGCGAUUUUGAGGAAGAGGUCCAGAAAAGGGAGACCCAAAUAUGCCAAUUGUUAGGCCAAGAACAAAAACUCAAAGAAGGACUGCAGCAACUUGGAAAGGAAUGUGAAAGGUUGACAGAAAAGUGUAGGAUGCAGGAGGAACAUGAGAUGAGGGAAGCACAACGUUUCAGAGAGCAUCAGAGGAGACAGGAAGAGGCUUUGAGGCAACAGGAUAAAUACCUGUUGAUGACGCUUCUCCAUGGGACAGCUCAGAGGAAUUUCCACCUGCAACACAUUGCACUGGGUGGAAAUGAAGUUCUGGAGGAAACCAGUGAAAAGGAGACGGAAGAUGAAGGGCAAAAAGAGGACCUGUUCUGA